UCCCUCACUUCCUGCGGUUGGCAGCAGUGUUGACACAGUUCCCCCCCGUAGGCUUGUAAACAUGGCGACCGCUGGAGCAGCUGGAGACGACCUGAAGAAAGAGCUCACAUGUGCAAUUUGUUUGGACUUCUUCAAAGACCCCGUCAUACUGAAAUGCGGGCAUAAUUUCUGUCGCUUCUGCAUUAGCAUGCACUGGGAUGAAAAUGGCGGAGACUAUGGCUAUCAGUGUCCUCAAUGUCGGACGGUGUUCAACAAAAGGAGCUUCACUAAAAACUACCUGGUGCAGAACUUGGUGGCCAAACUGGAUGUUCUGGAGCGUUUGGGAUCUUGUUCUACGCCCUCAAAGCCCGUUAACGUCGAUGGAAAGUGUGAACAACACGGUGAAGAGCUGAAACUUUAUUGCCAAACGGAUAAGAGACUCAUCUGUGUUGUCUGCAGGGAAUCAAGAGCACACAGACACCAUGACGUGGCACCGGUGCCAGAAGUUGUGAAGGACAUGAAGAUGGAGCUAAAGCUGAGGCUUAUGGAGCUCAACUGGCAAAAAUCUCAAUGUGUCAAAGUUAGAACAUCAGAUGAACGCACUAAAAGUGAUCUGCGGCUGAGGAAGCAGAGACUCAAAGAGAAGAUUGAAGCAGAUGUUGGUGCCCUGGUCCAAUUUUUACUUGAUGAGAGAGAUUCGCUGCUGGAAAGCUUGGAUGCUGAGGAAGUGGCAACCAUGGCCGUCAUAGAAGACAAUUUGAAAACUGUGGAGAUGGAGGCGGCAGCCGUGGACAAAGCCAUCACAGAUAUUCACAGCCACAUGAGUGGAAAGACUAGCUUUGAGAGGCUUGCUGAAACCUUCAAUGAAGCCAUUCACUGCAAGCCCUUCUCACCCCUCGAACCAGUUAACUGUCCGACAGAUUUCAUUGACUUCUCAGGCCCUUUUCAGCUCAUCAUGUGGAAGAAAAUGAUGCAUGUGCUGCACACCAUGCCUCAGAACCUCACCUUAGACCCAGACACUGCUCACCAGAACCUAUAUAUCUCAGACUUUGAUACCAAAGUGGAGGAGGGCCGCGUCCGUAGCCAGGAGCCGGACCUGCCGGGUCGCUUCAAUCGCUUCUGCGGCGUCCUGGCCACCGCCCAGUACGCCAGCGGUCAGCACUACUGGGAGGUGGACGUGCGGGACAAAGGUGUGUGGUACCUGGGGGUCACCACAGAGUGUAGCAACAGGAAGGGCUUCGUCAGCCUCACCCCCUCCGCAGGAUACUGGAGCCUGUGCCUGCAGGACCGCCUCUACGCCAACAUAGAGGACGGGCGCAUUCCCGUUGCCGACUACUGGAACUCCCCUCGUGUGGGCGUGUACCUGGACUACGACAACGGGCGCCUCAGUUUCUAUGACGCGGUGACAAUGAAGAGACUCUUCAUGUUUGACACCUGCUUUGAAGAGGCCGUCUACCCUUUCUUCAGCCCAGGAAAGAAUGAUCCAGGCAGCAGGAUGCAAAUAUGCCACUAUUACUGAGGGCUUUGUAGUGGUAGUGGUAACACCUAAUUGUUUUUGAAGAGUCCGUUCAUGCUUUCAGAUUUGCCUGUUGCCAAGGCUUUUUUUCCUCAUAGGUCAGGCUGGUGUGCUGGGGCGGUAUUACCCCCAGAGCCAGUAGUUGUAUGCAUUUACGCUGUAACGUGUUGGUCUUACUGCUUUUUAAGGAGGAAAAAAAAGGUCUACAGGACACAAAUGCUAAACAUGUAUCCUACCAACCAGAGUAAGACACACACUGUAGUCCCAUACCCCUGAACCGUGUCACGGGGGAGUGGAGAGGUGCUUUGCUGUCCCCAUGCCUCAGAUAAUCUCGUGUUUGAGCAGUUAGUCCUCCUCACACAAAGUUCAUUUUAAUUCUUUUGUUUGUUUUUUUGCGCUUGGUAGGGUUUGUGUUGGGUAGAACUUAUAGAAGAUAUGGCAUAAUUGUCACAUUGAUAUUUGUAAACAGUAAAUUUGGAAUUCAGCUUUCAGAAGAUAUUCAGACGUCAGGGUGUGAAAUGUCUGACAUGGCUGUUUGGGAACACCAGAAUUUUACCUGCAAUCGUUUUAAAGUCUUGUUUAUCUAUUUUUUUUUUUUUUUUUAAUUUUUUUUUAAUUAUUAUUAUCAUUAUUUUUAUCCUAUACAUGCAGUCCCCCUGACUGAUAAGUUACUUUUUGUGACAAUAUAACUUUCACUCUAACGUUCCAGUGUGGUAACUACAAAAUGUGGUCCCUUGUUUUGUUUUUACUUGUGAGACAUUCCAUCAACAUCCAACUAUUCACAGCAUGAGCCUGCUGGGUAUGACUGAAAUAAAACCCUAUGGAGUGCUGGAAGAAGGCAUCUUUUUAUUGUUGUUCUUGUUACUGGUUUUACUUCCAUUAACUUGAUUGCUGAAUGCAUGUUUUCUACAAGUUCCUUGGCCUUUAUCUACAUCUUUCUUGCUUUAUUUGAUUCUAAUUAAAUUGUUAUAUCUCUGAGAAGCUUUUUACUUUUAAUAUGGAUUUAAAGCUGAUGUCGUCAUGUCAAAUUAUUUUUAGUUUUUAAUGACUGCCCAUACUGGCAAUCUUUUUUUGUUUUCAUCUUCAGAGAUGAAAUGUCAUUGCAAAAAUUUUUUUUUUCGAGAGGCCUCUCUUCCCUGAACACGUUGCCAUCUUAUUACUGUGUUUUAUUCAUGUAUCCAGCUUAACUGUUUGGUUUGUGCCUUUUAAAGUUGCACUUUAGGGGCUCCAUUAUCUGCUAUAAAUAUGCUGAGUGUUUUUCAGACUUUUUGAUGAGAUUAAAACAGGAUGAAUACUCUUCAUUUUUGCUGUUUUAUUCCUUUUUCUAAUAACAGUUUAACUAAUACU